GAGUAGACGAAUGUUCUGUUUUCUCUUACAGAAAGUCGAAAAGACACAUCUGUCAAGAUGCGGGAGCCUAGUGAUAUAGUGGAUGGUACGGGAAAGGUCCUGACGCUUGAAGACCUUAUUGCAGCUAUCGACAGGCACGAGAAAACGUCGAGCAACGUCCCAAAAGUUGAUACCUUGCACUUCAGUGGAGAAUGGGUCUCUGACUGGUUGGAUCUGGUUGAGCACGCGAUGGUGGGUCUGUCAGAUGAGGUGAAGUUCCAACAAAUUUUGAAAUACGUACUUCAUGGGCAUCAUCAAGAAGUGGGAAAGGUUGUGGAAGCCGCCAACGGUAUCUGGGCAAGGUUUAGAGAUGACAUGCAGCGCACGUAUCAGUUGGGCGAUGGGUUGCUUACCACCGCAGACCUUGAGGCCAUGAACAAGGAUGAUUUCAGUAUGAUAGGGGCGUUUAUGCAAGAAUUCAAGAAAAGGGCGAGAAAAGUUCAUGGAAUCUCAGAAAAGGCGCAAUGUGCCAUCUUUCUAGGGCUGCUUACUGCAUCAGAGGCCUCAGAGUUGACGAGCCAUGGAGGGGGCAGUGCGAAGCUUACCUGGGCCACUAUUGAUAAAGGAGUGGAAGAUGGGAGCCUGGACCAAUGUAAUCACUGCAACUCGUGUGGGGGAGGCCAAGCUCCCCCAGGACAGAUGGUCCCUUAUUCGGACCCAUCGGCGAGUGCAGGGCCACCAAGUUUUUUGGCGACCCAAGGCCAGUUCACGGCCCAGCCUCCCACCUCGCAGCAAGCUUCGCAGGCUAGCGUGGCGGGRGGAGGAGGUCAAGGGCAAGGAGGGCAAGGCAAUGGUGGUCGAGGACAAGGAGGUCGAGGGGGUGGCGGCCGAGGAAGGAACAACGGGGGACGCGGUGGUGGAUGGAACGGACAAGGAAGCCAGAAUCAAGGCGGCCAAGGUGGUCAAAAAGGGGGCCAAGGAUAUGAAAGGCCCCGCUUUGAUUGGCGAAAUGUCGUCUGCCGGCAUUGUGGCAUUGUGGGCCACACCAUACGAUUUUGCCAGCAACGGCGGGACGAUGAGCUCGCCGAUCUAAUCUUCACAAACAUGGAUGGGGAUAUAUAUGAUAAAUUUGGGCAGUAUAUUGACCCAAAAAUUCCAGGUGGAGUUAGACAGGAAGCCCAAAGACGAGCAGCGGCAGGGCCGGCGCCCCCGACAAUGUUCAUACUAUGGCAAGAAAGGGAGGACCCGCGCGUGAGGAUCGAAGAGGUUAUAGGGGAGACUGAGGAGGUGACCCAGCGAUUAAAGGCAGGGACUAUAAAGAAAGAGCCGAUAGUCAUCGAGUCCGACGACAAAGACUCAAGGGAGGUGGAAGAGUCGUUCAUAACAAUCCUGGAAAAAAUGGAGGACCUGCUGGAGAAGGUGGGAAGAUACCAGCAGAGGCUACAGGAGUUGUGUAACGAGGCCCAGGAAUGGAAGGCCGACCUCCCCAGAGUCUUCUUUUACGAGUCCGGGUCAGGAUCAGCGUCAGGACAGCAAGGCUACCCCGAGGUCGCGAUAAUAGGGUCGGGCCCUAGGUCAGGGAUGACGUUUAGGCCACCCACCCCGCAUGGGCGGGCACCUCAGGCGGCGCGAACCAGGAGCCAAAGUAAGGCUGGCCCUAGUCAGGCGCUGAGUCAGGCACCUCCUCGAAGGAGACCAGAGCCCGAGCACAGGAAGGAAGUGGUAGAGGUCUCGAAAGAAGAAGAAGAGGAGGAUGACGAUACGGAGGACGAGAGGCUCCGACAAGAGGAGGAUCGGCGGACGGGAUUAAGAGCCCAAAGGAGAGGGAUCCAAGAGGAAGCUGAGCCAGGUCAGCAGGACAGCGCGCCUAAGAAAAGGAAGUAUGCAGUCAGGCUAGAAGAAGGCUUUGAUGUGGAGAGAAUGGUGGAUAGGCUCCUCGAAGGUACGCAUAGCUUGGCAGAAGAAAUAAGAACGAUAGAGGAGGGCCCUGCUCAAGUAGAGGAGCAUGAGCAGUCAAUGGGAGUGAUGUACCUACUCACGAAUACGCUUCUGCAAGGUGACUUUGACCGAAAGAACUUUUUAAGUCUAGUUGAGGGCGAGUAUCCCGUUCCUGAAAGUCAGGACGACGAGUACGAGAAAGGGGAGAUUAAAGAGGCGUUUCGGGCAGAGGAGUAUGAUAGGAUCUACCUUGAGUUAGGUCUACUCCUAUCCUAUGAAAUAAGGGACAGAGAUGCAAGCGCUAAGGCUCAGAAGAUGAGGCAUCUCUACGUGGUGAGGGAUGGACAUCUGUUCAUAAAACGACAAGUCGGGAAUCCCAAGCGGAUUGUAUGUGAGAGGAACCAGCAAAUCGACAUUAUAGCGGCAUUACAUGAUGGUAUAGCGGGAGGGCACAGAGGGAUAAGUGCCACAUGUGCGAAGAUAAGUGAACUAUACCACUGGGAUGGGAUGCUGAACAUGGUCAUCAAGGAGAACGGAUGUAAUUACAUUUUCGAUGCACAAGAUAACCUUACUGGAUUUGUGGACGAUCGGUCUAUUCGCACGAAGACCGGCCCAGUUUUGGCAAGCAAAAUCGAAGAGUAUUAUCUACACUACCCUUUCGUCAAAGAGUUCGUGAUGAAUCGAGGAUCAGAGUUCACCUGUAACGAGGUGCAAACUUUGCUUGCAGGAUAUGGCGUAGUGGCGAAUUAUACUACCACUGCACAUCCUCAAGCAAAUGCACAUGUGGAAAGGGGGCACAAUACCAUCAUGAAUCUCCUAGCCAAGUGGACAAAAGGCAAACCCGGCCAGUGGCCAAAGUUUCUUCGAGCAGCUUUCUUCGUGGAGAAUGUCACGGUAAAGAGGACUACCAAGUACGCGCUUCUUGAAAGACAUGCCACCUUUCCCAUAGAAAGCUUCUUGAAGACCUGGAGGCGCCAAGACUUGGAAACCAACCUGUCUUUCGAAGAGCUGCUCGAUAUUCGGGCACGGCAGGUGGACGCGGCUGAAGAAAGGAUACGAGAGGCCUCCAAGGACGUAGAGAGGAGUCGAAUGGAGGAUAAGAUGCGGUGGGAUCAGAUGACGCGAGUGUGGAAGGAGUCGUUGGCAGUUGGGGACAUCGUGUUGCUAUAUGAUUCCUCUUUGGAAAAGCAGUGGUCGCGGAAACUCGACAAAAGGUGGUUGGGGCCCUACAGGAUUGUGCGGUGUGGCGAAUUCGGGGCCUAUCAAAUCAAGGAGUUAGAUGGGACGGAAUGGAAAGACUGGGUGUCCGGGACAGGAUUGAAGAAGUUCGUGGCCAGGGAAUAGGUACAGGCCUAAAAACCCUUAAAGUAAAACCCCAUCCUAAGU